AUGUUCAAUCAAGGCGACCGUGUAACGAUCAACAAUGGCGGAAAUACUUACUACAUUGUGGUAAACGUGAUCAAUAUCGAAGGAUCGCCCACCAAAUACAAGAUCCAAGAGGAGGGCUCUCCCGCAGGAGUUACCGAGUCAACUCAGCAAUCCGUUAGCAUGCAGCAGGAUUCGAUCAGCUUUCAGCAGAAUACGGUCACCUAUCAGCGGCAGGAAGUAGAGGAAGGUGUACUUUGUGCAGCUUGA